AUGAGAGAAUUCAGAGCGGAACAGAUUGAAAUGGCGGAAUCCAACAGUCUUCCUCUGUACCAAAAAGUGGAUGUCGUCAUCUUCUUCCUCCAUGUUUCACUGCCCUGUUAUCGCCUGCUCUUAUUCCGCCGCCAUGGAUUCAGCUCCCUCUUCGCCAUUGCCUUUCUCUGCGAGCUUUGGUUCACUUUCUAUUGGGCUCUCAUUACCAAUCUCAAUUGGACCUAUCCCCAACGCCUUCUCCAACGAGUAUCUGAGGUUCCUCCGGUAGACGUAUUCGUUACAACGGCGGACCCGGAGCUGGAGCCGCCGAUAAUUCUGAUAAACACGGUGCUGUCGGUGUUAGCAGUGGAAUAUCCGGCCAAUAAAUUGGCUUGUUACGUCUCUGACGACGGCUGUUCAUCACUCACGUUUUAUUCCCUCUCUGAAGCUCUUAAAUUUGCCCAAAUUUGGGUGCCGUUUUGUAAGAAAUAUAAGGUCCAAAUCAGGGCUCCGUUUAGGUAUUUCUCUCGUGAUUUAGACUCUCAUGGAUCAACGGAGUUUCAGUAUGAAUGGAGGAGGAUGAAGGAUGAGUACGAAGAGCUUCACCGGAGGAUUGAGGAAGCCGCCGCCGCCCCCAAAAAUUCUUCAUUUAGUAACCUUAUGGGCGCGUUCCCAGAUUUCACUAACUCAAAGCCAAAUGUUCAUGAUAUUAUAUUCUCGAUGACUAAGGUGGGUUGACAAUAUGGAUCCGUAGUGGAGGACAUGUUGACUGGGAUGGGGAUCCAUAAAAAGGGAUGGAAAUCUGCAUACAUUGCACCAACUCCACCAGCAUUCCUAGGAUGUGCACCCAUGGGUGGCCCAGUUUCACUAGGCCAUAUGAAGAGAGUAAUGACAGGACUGCUUGAAACUUUAAUCAGCAAAGAGUCCCCCAUUGUCACUGCUCUCUGUGAUAAACUCCAAUUUAGACAACGUUUGAUCUAUCUGUGGGGGUAUCUGAUCAGCAUUCGUGCUAUUCCAGCUAUAUGUUACGCUACUCUACCAGCAUUUUGUCUAAUUUCCAACUCCCAUUUCUUGCCCAAGGUACAAGAACCAGUACUGUUCAUACCUCUCCUUCUUUUCGCCAUUAACAAUCUACGGCAGCUGUUAGACUUCUUCGAAACGGGCCAAUCUGUAAGAGCCUGGUGGAAUGGCCAGACAAUGGAGAGGAUACUUGUAAUGGUAAUGAGUUCGUCCUUGCCUGGAAUGGUGGCUGUACUCCUGAAGAUUUUAGGAUUAUCAGAGACUGUGUUCGAAAUAAUGAAAAAGGAGUCAUCAUCUUCUAGUGAUGACAAAGAGAGUAGCGACCGAGAUUUGGGUCGGUUCACGUUUGAUGAGUCCCCAAUAUUUGUGCCAGUCACAACCAUUUUGAUGAUUCAGUUGGCAGCACUUUUGAUCAGCUUCUUGGGAACACAGACAAGCGUUCAAGAGUUUGGGGUGGCGGAGGUGAUGUCCUGUGUGUGGUUGAUUUUGUGCUUCUGGUCGUUCUUGAAAGGGAUGUUUGCAAAGGGAAGCUAUGGGCUCCCAUGGCCAACCUUACUCAAAUCCAGUGCUUUGACAUUCUUGUUUGUGUACUUCUGUCAAGUGAAAUAAAUAAAUUUUGGUCAGUUACUAAAUUUUGUAUUCAAUCAAGGAUAAUUUUAUGCUUUUGAUCACCUUCGUGCAGGGGUUGUCUACUUGUGUCACAGCUUAGUGAAUAAUAUUGUCAUCUGGGAAUCUUCUGCA